AUGAAGAAUCUCAAGCGCGGCCUUUGCUUUUUGCUGCUCAACCUCAAGACUGUAAAACUCUUCGUCUUUGUGGAUGGAUUGUUCGCUAACAACGCUGACCUUACUUCGCAACUCGGCUUUAUUGUUAUCCUUGUGAACAAAGAAAGUAACAACCACACAACCACAGGGAAGACCCCAGAUGACACCGGUAUGUUCACUGUAACCGAAAAUAUUAUCCAUUUCAGCUCUACGAAGUGCAAGAGGGUCACUUGGAGCGUGCUUGCCAGCAAGAUAUACGCUAUGGUCGCUGGCGCAGAUAUUGCGCACGCAAUUGGAACCACACUUGCGCUCAUCACCGAGCGACUCGCGAUUCCAUUGAUCCCUACGGUUAUUUGCACCGAUUCGUACUCGCUUUACAAGUGUCUCGUGAAACUCAGCACCACUAAGGAGAAGCAACUCAUGAUAGAUAUCAUGGCCCUUCGCCAGUCGUACGAGCGCCGCGAAAUACACGAAAUACGAUGGAUUCACAGCAGCGAUAACCCUGCCGACAGCUUCACGAAGUCGUCGCCAAACAGCACGCUGGAAGCGCUCGUCAGCGACGGGAAGGUGAAGAUACGGAUGAAUGGAUGGGUAUUGCUUACUGGUGUAUUUACGCUGUUUGACGGCGCUUUCUACCACAAGAGAAAGUUGUCAGUGUUGCGAUAUCAAUCGCCCGGAGAUAUCGGCCGUUACGCCGAUGUCUCGGCGGCAGAAGCACGAAUGUUCCGCCGGUGA